AUGCCUAGCACUUCGACGACGGUACAUCCUUCCGGACGAGGGGAACUAUUAUUAUGGAUUAACAGUGUUUGCUCCGCAGAGUACCCGAGUGUUGAGUCUCUGCGAGACGGCGUGGCCUAUUGCACCAUCAUUGAUGCUGCUGCUAGCCGUGUGGCAGAGAACUGCGCAGCUCUCGGCAUACCAGAGGCACAUGCUGCGCAAGUUCGCGCAAAACGUGCCACUCAACUCCUUGGUCGCAUUGAGUGGGAUGUGACGUUGGCAACAUGCACAAAUCAGGAUCCUUCUUUGGACAGCAUGCGGGAGCGUGACCAGUGUGAGAAGAACAUGCAAACCUUACAACUAAUGCUUCGGGUGUGUGUCCCACCAGAGUUUUCCUUGGAGUUGGAUGCGUCACGUUUAGCAACAGGAAAACUUCAGGAACAUAUUUUACUUCUAAGAUGGAUGUUUCAAUUUAUGGCCAAGAUGUUGAACACAUAUUCGAAGAAGGCUUUAGAGAGACGUGCAAAUAGCUCCGGAGAGGUUGGAUGUGUGGAAGGGGUGCGGAUGACAAGGGCCAUGAAGCUACAACGAAAGAUGGUUCGGCAAAAAUAUAUUGAACCGGAUGAUUUGGGAGUGGCACGUGACCAAGUAAAGGAUUCUGAAAAGAAGAGUAACACCGUGCCAAACUGGAAAGGACUCGAAAACAAUAGAACAUGUAACGCGGAGCAGGCCACACAACUUGCUUCCUCCCCUAGGGUACAGGACAUGCCAGGGAUCGUGUUGAAGGAAAGUAUCGAAACACCACCUGAUUCCCAGGUGACACACUCAAAGGUAACAGGAAAACGUCAAAAGCUUACUCCUGUUCAGGUUUCUAAAUCUGAUGGCAGAUCUGUUGGCUCGCAUAUUCCGUUCUCUGAAAACACACGGCAAUCGUCAUUUACUGUGCCUCAUGAUCAUUACGCUUUGCUAGAUGAUUUGAGGCAGGACGUAGAGACUUACGAGGCGCUUGCCCUUGCGGCUCACAGAAGGCACCAGCGGUGCCUGACGGCAAGCCAAAAUGCAGAUUGUGACCCUCCUGCCGACGAGCGAUGUCUUGCUGAAGAGUUUUUACCCAGUAAAGCCCCAAUAAUCUCUUUAGAACAACUCGGGGUUCUGCUAGAGGAGAGAGACAAAUUAUGGCAGACAUUAGAGGUACUCCAAGACGCCCUUCUGCGAUGCAGGAGUGGGGUUGGAGAGGGAAGUGGGGUGGUGACGGCCGCCUCGCCACUUAUGACAAGAAUACUCUCAGUACUCUCCCCGUCGUAG